AUGCAGCAAACCGGCUCCAACGACCAUGCGAAACCACGAUCUAGCCCUCAAUUCUACGUACCAUCUGUGCUGCUACCUCGCGAAGCGGCCAACUCGCCGACAGUCCACAAAAUACAUAUUCUGGGUGAUGACGAACGAUCCAAGUUCAUCGCUCAUGCGCUAUCCAGUGUAUACGACUCAGUUGAAAUGCUCGGCUGGAGAAGCAGCCAUUCCUCAAAGUAUCGCAACGUCCAGAAGAGCAAACCUAUUAGUCGACGGUCUGCAGCGGCAAUUACAGAAUCCAAUCUCGCAGUCCCUCAAGCCAUCGCACAGGCUGACGACACUCAUAUUGACCAGCUCGUGGUAUCUGGCCGAGGCCACGAAGCUGUGGAGGCUCUGCAGUCGGUAAAAAACCGAAUCAACGAGAAUACUACAGUGUGCUUGAUGAAUGAUGGGCUAGGUGUUCUCGAAGAUGUGCGCAAGAAGAUCUUUGAGGGGACGGAUACUGCACCAAACUUCCUGCUUGGGCAUAUGAGCCACCGGUUGGCAUUCAACCGGACGUACGACGCAGUCACUCAGCUCAAGCAAGGCCAAACGAGGCUGACCUUUGCCGAGGCGCCUCGCAUGCGUGUCAAGGAUAUGCACAAGGUCGAAACGCGGCCAAAUUUCGUCAAGACAUUGGAGGAAGCAAAGGACCUUCACUCGUCAUUAUCGCCAUUUGAUCAAUGGUUGCGAUUUAAGUUACCUUCAGUCAUUUUUGACUCCGUCGUGGAGCCUGUGUGCGUGCUGCUGGAGAUGCCAUACCAAGGUCUGCUGCAGAACCCAGCGGCACAACGGAUGAUGCACAGUUUACUGUCCGAGAUCAUACAAGUCCUGGAAAAUAUGCCCGAACUAGAAGGAUCCACCGUGAUCAGAGACUACGUUCACAGCAAGGGGAUCCGCCGAUUUAUGUACAACAGCAUAAUGGCGAAACGAUCACAUCCCAGCCAACUGGUCAGACGGAUUGAAAACGGAUUACCGACGGAUGUGGAGUACCUGAAUGGCUACUUUCUGCGCCGAGGUCAGAAAUUAGGAUUGGAUUUGCGGAUGAACUUGAUGAUGCGGGAUAUGAUUAAGGCGCGGCAUUCUCAAGCAAUCGAGCGACUCAACUCAUUCAUACCAGUGGAGGAGACAUCCAUACCGAGCGACUUGGCAUUUAGAUAUAGGAAAACACCACGGUGA